ACAAUAAAUCGUUGGAACCGGUGACCUACAUUAUAGUCACAAUCUAGUAGCGUCGAAGAAACAAGGCUUAUUAUCAGAGAGAACCAGCGUUGCCGGAAAAUGGCUUCCGUCAAUGCCCGACGAUCUCUAUCAACCCUUCUAAGCCGCGCCCUCUCUUCUUCUUCUUCCUUUCCUUCCCAUUCUCGCCUCACAGUUGCUCUCCUCAACAAAACCCCAGUUUUUACCCCCCAAGCAACCAAAAUCCAGACCCGAACCAAGACAUCCGCGUCCGGUUACUCGCCUUUGAACGAUCCAUCUCCUAACUGGAGUAACCGACCGCCGAAAGAAACGAUUCUCCUCGAUGGCUGUGAUUAUGAGCAUUGGCUUAUCGUUUUGGAAUUCCCAGAAGACCCAAAACCUUCCGAAGAAGAAAUGAUCGAUGCCUACGUUAAAACCCUCGCUUCUGUUGUCGGCAGUGAAGAGGAAGCAAAAAAGAGAAUAUACUCUGUUUGUACAACGAGGUAUACUGGGUUUGGUGCUUUGAUUUCUGAGGAGUUGUCUUAUAAAGUUAAAGGGUUACCUCAUGUACUCUGGGUUUUACCGGAUUCGUAUCUCGAUGUUCCGAACAAAGAUUAUGGAGGUGAUUUGUUUGUUGAUGGGAAAGUCAUUCAUAGACCACAAUAUACAAGCUCGGUGCAGCCAUCCAGCGGCAGCAGAGUUCGAGGACGUGGUGAUAGGCAUAUAAGAAGAUAACCUUUUCGAGACUAUGGUAACAAGAAACCGAUCACCACCGCCAUCUACAUCUUCUUCCCUUUCUUAGGUUCACCGUGUUGGUCUGGGCUUUUCCUUGAUUUAGGAGACUUUUAGAGUAAAAUGCUAUUGGUUGACAUAUAUCUUGUUUGAUGGUGAUGAGUUCAUACAUGUUUAUCUAGCAUAUUUAUGAAAGUUGGGAAAUAUGAACAUUUGCAUCAAUGUUGGUUGAAAUCUUAUAUGGACAGGUAAGUGUAUGAUACGAGUAUGUUUUUGUAUA